AUGCCACCUCGAGAAUUAGAGAGGGAUCAUCAACAUACGUUCCCGGUACUCAAAAGGAUCGCUUGUAAUAUACUUUCCGUUCUAGCUGGAGGCGCAGGCGUUGAGCGUUUGUUUAACUCGGCACAAUAUGAGCUUGCUUUCAACCGGAAAUACGCCAUUGAAGAUGAGAUAAAACUUCAAGAAGAAGAGGUAAAUGAGCGUACGCGGGAUGAGAUGAUAGAAAUAAGCGAUGAUGACCAAGGCCCAUCGCAGCAGAGUUUUAAGAGGCAAAGGAGUGAUUUAUCCGAUAAUGACACUGAGCAAGAGCUUGAUGAUAAGCCCAAAUUACCUGAGCAAAGUACUCAGCGCGCUUCAGGUAGAGUUCGAAAGGGCUCAAGACUAUGA